AUAACUCUAGCUACUCCUUUCCUUCACAUAAUCAAACCUGCACGUGCGCGCUCUUUUUUUCUUCUUGUUCGAUUUUCCUUUUCUCCGCCUUAUCCGUUUCCGGUCGCCGGUGUAGCGCGGCCGGAAGUAUAGGCCCCGGGAGCCGGAGGGAGCCGCCAUCAUGGGCGACAAAAUGGAUAUGUCUUUGGAUGAUAUUAUCAAGCUGAACCGGAGCCAGCGGGGUGGAGGUGGCCGAGCCGGUGGUGGCCGAGGCCGUGGAAGAGGAGCAGCGGGUCGAGGUGGAGGGGCCGGUCGAGGUGGAGCUGGGCGGGCAGGUGGUGGAGGCCCUGUCCGGAACAGAGCCGCUCUGUCCCGGGGUGGUGGCAGGAACAGGCCUGCGCCCUAUAGCCGGCCAAAGCAACUUCCCGAAAAGUGGCAACAUGAUCUGUUCGAUAGUGGUUUUGGUGCUGGGGCUGGUGUGGAGACAGGUGGAAAACUCCUUGUUUCUAAUUUGGAUUUUGGAGUGUCGGAUGCAGAUAUACAGGAGCUUUUUGCAGAGUUUGGGACAUUGAAGAAGGCAGCAGUGCACUAUGACCGAUCUGGGCGUAGUUUAGGUACAGCAGAUGUUCAUUUUGAGAGAAAGGCAGAUGCUCUGAAGGCUAUGAAACAGUACAACGGAGUUCCCUUGGAUGGACGUCCCAUGAAUAUCCAGCUGGUUACAUCACAGAUAGAUACACAGAGGAGACCAAUACAGAGUGUAAAUAGAGGAGGCAUGACCAGAAACCGCGGUGGUUCAGGUGGCUUUGGCGGUGGCAACAGACGAGGCAGCCGUGGUAACAGGGGCAGAGGUAGAGGUGCUGGCAGGAGUUCCAAACAGCAGCUCUCUGCAGAAGAGUUGGAUGCACAGUUGGAUGCUUACAAUGCCAGGAUGGACACCAGUUAAAGCUGUUGGUGCAUCUUGUGCAUGGGAAGGACUGCAGACAUCUCAUUCCAUGCUCCCCAGUGGGAGGGGAAGGGUGGAUGGCGGCGCCUACUAAUAUCAAGAAUGGAAUUUGUUUUACUUUAUGUUUUGGAAUAGGUUUUAAACUCAUGUAAAGGUUUCUUUCUUUUUUUUUAAAUCCUGAAACAGAUCUGUUUUGUACUGAGUUAUUUUUGGGAAAAUUUUACUGGUUGCCUGUUGGGUCAAGGUGGCUUUUUCACCUUGGCAGUAAUAAAAUAGAAAUGUGUCUAGA